AUGUACCUGCCGUUCCUAAAGCCGGCGGAGCGCGCGGCGGAGGAGGGGCUGGGGUCGAUAGAGGAGCUGCUAGAGAUCGUGCGCGAGCGGCGCGGGCUGUGGCAUGAGUACGCGCCCGCCAUCGGCGCGCUGGCGCGGCAGGGGCUGUCACCGGCGGCGAUCGCGGAGGCGACGGGCAUGACGGGCGUGGAGCAGAGCGCCGUCACGACGGCGGCGCAGGUGCGCGCGACGCUGAGCGCCGCGCAGAUGGACCCCGCGCUGCUCGCCUUCUUCGACGUGGGCGGCGCGGAGGCGCUCUACGAGCUGCGCGUGCUGGCGGGCGCGCAGCGGAAGGAGGCGGCGGAGUACGUUGCGCGCGAGGGGCUGGACGGGAAGGGCGCACGGGACGUGGCGCGCGCCAUCAAGGAGUACGAGCGGCGCAAGCGCGAGGCGGACCGCAGCCACUUCAGUGCGGAGCCGGGGGACUGUCUGGCGUUCGCAGCGUACCGUCAGAGCGGGGAGGCGCGCAGCCGAGCGGAGCGAGAGGCAGCGCUGGUCAGGGCGGAGCAGGUCGCCACAUCCGACGCCGCCCGCGCCUUCCUCGCCACCGCUCUGCACCGCUGCCGCAAACCCGACGCCACGCCGCCCGCCGACGCCACUGGCGCCGGUGCCACCGCCCCGGCCACUCCCUCCCUGCCGGUGGUGCGGCUGCGCAGCAGUGAGACCCAGGCCACGCCCAUGCCCGUGGUCACCUGCGCCGCGGACCUGCAGCACCUGCCUGCGCUGCCCCCCCCGCAGGGCCCGUUCCGCCUCUUCUCCCCCACGCCCGGGGUGGCGUGGGUGGCGCUGCCGUCGUGGCCGGCCCUGAGGGGCGUGCCCGCGCUGCUGGCGCUGCUGCUGCCCUCGCCCUCCCUGCUGCCACCCCUGCAGGCCCGGCAGGGGGAUGGCGCCGUGCUGGUGGUGGUGCAGGGCGCGUGGGGGGAGGGCAGUGUGGUGGAGGGCGGGCACUACUAUGUGGUGAGGGAUGAGGAGAGGGGUGGGGAGAGGGGGCUGCUGGUGGUGGCGGGGGGGGAGGUGGCGGAGCGGUAUGGGUCGGGGGCGGGGGAGGCUGUGGUGGGGCGAGUGGUGCUGGCGCUGCUGCCACCUGACUGCGAGGUGGAGGACGAAGAGAUUGACGUGGCCGACUGGGUGUGA